GAUAUAGUUCACAUCUGAGUGCUUGUUUAAAAGUGUCGAGUGUUUCUCCUGUGAAGUCCUGAAGUUAAAAACGAAUUUUCACUGAAUAAAAAUUGUAUUGAAACUGGAAACUGAGAACUCUUGUCAACAGAAUACGGCUAUUUCGCGGUUUAAGAAGGAAGAUGUAUUAAGGAACAGUGUAUAUAUUCCUCAGUUAUCUAUUUUCGUCGUUCUACAAAAGAAAAAAGAAAGAAACAAUAGAUGAGUGUAACGAAAGUCUUUAGUUCGUGAAAACAGUGAAUGGUAAAAUAGUAAAAUAAAAAAAAAAGAAAAUAGUAAAGUAAUAAAAAUUAAAUAUUAAACCAAAUUGAUACAAUAUUGCAAAAUUUAUUCGUUGAUGAUAUAUUCUCUGCAUUUUUACCAGAGUUCUUACAGUAAUUUAUAUACCUAAGUGGUACAUUAUUUCAAUCGUUUUCAAACAAUACAGAAAUUUGUACAAAAUUUCGCGAUCCACUUGCAGUUCACCAACUGUGGACCAAAAAACAUUGAAUUGAUCUUACCGUAAGAAAACGAAAGACACGGAAGAAAACGAUGAACGCUUCGUUACAGCGAAGACUGGAAACACUUACAGUAACUAUGUACUAUGCUAUUAUAUUCCUUAUGAUAGUUAUAGGAUAUUUCGCAAAAUAUAUUCUUGCGAUAUAUUUCAUCAUUUACACAAAGAUUCCGCGCUACUUAGUGUUGCUCUACGCCAUCUGGAUGUACUAUGACAAUUACAUGCACAACGUCACCGGUACAAGGGCACAAUUUAAACAGUGGUUUAAAACGUGUGCGGUGCACCGGUAUUUCUGCAACUACUUCCCCAUAAAGCUAGUGAAAACCACCGAUUUGGACCCGAACAAGUUAUAUUUAUUGUGCAAUUUCCCACAUGGGAUUUUAUGCGCAGGAGUUUGCACUGCAUUUGGUACAGAUACCGCCGGUUACAGCGAAUUAUUCCCGAAUAUCGAGAGUAGAAUUGUCAUAUUGGAUCAACAUUUCAAGACACCGCUUUUCAGAGAUUACUGUCGCAUCACUUGCUGUGCCAGUAGCAGUCCAGAAAGCCUGAAUGAAUUACUGUCAACGAAACCUGAGGCACCAUACACCGGAAGAGUAACAAUUCUAAUCGUCGGUGGAGCAGCGGAAGCAAUGGAAUGCAAGCCAGGCACUUAUCGUAUCUUAAUAAAAAGGAGGAAAGGCUUCGUAAGGCUCGCGUUGAAAAAUGGCGUUCCCAUUGUUCCUGUCUGUUCGUUCGGAGAAACGAAUCUAUUUGACCAAUUGAUAUUUCCGGAAGGCUCGUUUAUGAAGAAGCUCCAAAAUUACAUUCGUAAAAAAUUCGGUGUGCCCCUGCUUUAUCUGAUUGGACGAGGAUUCUCCCAAUACUGUUUCAGUUUCAUUCCACGGCGAACACCAAUCACUGUCGUUGUCGGUAGUCCGAUGGAUUUACCAAAAAUUGAAGAACCAACCGAAGAGCAGAUUAACGAAUAUCAUGGGAAAUUUAUCGAUCAUUUGGUGGACUUUUUCGAGAAGGAGAAACACAAAUACGUCGAGAAUGCUGAUACGGUGCACUUAGAAUUCGUAUAAUAUUCAGUGGAAUAAAAAAUGGAAGUUGCUCAAUUAUAAAUAUUUAUUUUUUGAAUGACUUUUGUGAUUUGUAGGGUUCUGGUAGUCAACGUGCCACUUUUAAACGAUGUAUUUUAGUCAGUCUGUUAAUUAAAUUUUCUACAAAUUAAAA